GCAGCCCUCAGACCGCACUGGGGAGCCCAGCGCCAGCAUGGACGGCGUGGAUGUGUGGGCCACCACCUUGGCCCAGCUGAUGGCCAAGAGGAAGCCCCAGGACACCUGGGAGCUGGUCCCCGAGGAGAACCUGGCCUCAGGGCACCUGGACAGCAGCGGUUUCCAGUACCGGCUGCGGGGGCUCUCGAGGCUCCAGUGUGGCCGCUGCCAGUGGGGCUGGUCCUCGGCCCACGUGCACAUCCUCUUCCACCUGUAGUGGGACGAGGAUGCCCAGCAGGGGCUGGUGAAGGUGCGCAUCUGGGCCCAGCGGUGCCGGCUGUGCCCGGGCGGGGCCGCCUGCCACGUCAGCCUGCUCAGCGUGCGGCUCUUCCUCAACAAGCUGGUGCAGUUCAUCGCGCAGAAGGGCCCAGGCUCCGACCAGUGCCCCGAGAUCUGCUUCGGCGAGCACUGCGACGCCUGCGACCUGGGGGUCUGCUUCUUCCAGAAGCCCCCGGACCCCGCCUGGGGGCCCGAGGUCAAGAGCCCCAGCACCAGCAAGGGCAGGUUCACCCUGUAUGGUGGCAGCGACGUGGACGCCCCCACCGCCAGCCAACAGCUGCGCAUGCUUGGCUGCAGGCUUAUGGUGGACCGCUCCAGGGGCUACACCCACUCCACCACGGUCCCCCUCUCCGUGGCCGACUUCAUCAAGAACCCCCUCUCCGAGAGCAGGGACUUCUUCGGCGAGAGGGAGGAGAUCGUCACUGUCCCCUUCUCCCUUGUGCGCGAGGACAAGGGGCCCGUGGCCGACCCCACCGGGCCGCUCACUGUUGGCAGGGGCUCCCCCUACCUGCCCACCAGCUCCAAGGCCACGUCCAAAGGCAAACGCUUCCCGGUGAACAUCAAAGUCCCCGUGUUCCACGGCAAAGGCCUCGUCCUCAGCGGCAGCAAGGAGAUGACAGGCUUUAUCUACAAAGGCCACGGCUGCAUCUCCGACCCUGAUGGAGAUGAUGCAGACGAUGGCUGGGGCCCCGCGUUCAGCAGCAGCGGUGCCGUCACUGAAGUCACUGAUGGAAACAGCCCGCGGCCAGUGACCUACAUCAUCGGCCUCAGGCACAACGGGCAGGGCUCCGUCACCUUCCCCUCUUCCUUGACCAAUGUGGUCCUUGAAGGCGAGGACCCCUUUGACCGCAUCUACGGCUCGCUCACCUUCCCUUUCAUCUUCGCCACCAAGGGCAAAGGCGGGGCGUCCUCUGCUGGCGUCACUGAAGGCAAAGGGAAGGGGGAUGGCGGCAGCGGCCCUGCCACCACUGGCCGUGAGCCCCUUCCGGGGACCAAUGCCAGUGGCCCUGUCCCCAUCAGCGAGGGCUCCGUCACUAUCCCCUUCUCCGUCCUCAGUAUCAUUCAGAGCAAGGGCUCUAGCAGCGAUGACAGUGGCCCUGAAAGCAAUGGCCUUGCCACCCCUGGCUUUUCCAAGAAGCAGAGGCAGCCGGGGCCCAGGGCGGGCAAGUCCGGCCCUGGGUGCUACUGGGAGGAGGACUUCUGCUGGGCCGUAGGCUUCCGUUUCGACCCCUACGAAGAAGUCUGGAUCUGGGUCUCCAUGACCGUCCGCAUCCUCUGGAUAAUGUACCUGUACAAGUUCAGCCCUGACCACUCCCCGCGGGUGUGAAGUGUGGCGCCUCUCGUCGGUCCCCGCUUCACCCCCCAGCAGGGCCGCCCGGGCAGCCAGCGAGCCAAGUGACCUCCCUGUCCCCCCAGCAAGCCCCCGGCCGCCUUGGCCGCCCCCUGCUUCCGUGUUCUGUCUCCUGCCAUGAGUUGUGGUGUCGUGGAAGCUCACGCCGUGAUUGUCCCCCGAGCUGACCGUGUGUGUUCCAGGCGCUUUUCUGUACGUGUGUUACACUCCAAUAAAAUAAAAGUUAGGAAGCAGCAGCCACACGGCACUCGGGCUGAGCUGAAGGUGUGAGGUGGGAGGGCGAGGUGGGCACAUGGGCCGACUCCUGGGUCCCAGUCCCCGCGGGGUCUCCUUCCCUCGAUGGCUCCUGGAUCCCCGGACGGGACGCUCGGAUCUGUUCAGCACAGGCUGUCAGGGCGGGGUGGGCGGUGGGGGGAGGAGGGCCUACACCACCCACUCUGCGAAGAUGAAAGCCCCUUGAGGUGUGGUUGGCAAGCCUCUUCCCCCCCCGCCCCCCCCAACACCAGGGUCCCAGUAGCUGAGGAGGUAGCUUCCCCACGGGAGGGGCAGGAGGCCAGCCAGCGCUUUGCCGGAUUCUGUUCACGGCUCCCCUGGAGCAUUUAUAUCCACAGCGCUGUUUUGGUUUAAGAAACUCCAUCUGUGCUGUAGGUCAGAAAACUGUUCUGUCACUUGUAUGCACACCUUGGAUUUCCAUCUUAAAGGCCGUAGGUCCGGUUCUAAGGGGCAGGGGUGUUGGGCCAUGUGGGUCCCAGGCAGCUGGGGGCGUGACAGCGGGCAGCUGGGUCAGGCCGCCCUGUAGCCCCCCAUGCAGAGCCGGCCCCAGGACCCUGGUGGGGGGUUUGUCUGCAGAGCCCGAGGUCUGAGACUUGCAUCCCCUGGCUGGAUGAGAGUUUGGGAAGGCCUGCCCUGUGGGGAGGGCUGAGUGGACGGAAUCCAGCGGCACUGGAGAGUCUGCCCUCAGGCCUGCCGUCAGGGUGAGUGGGGAAGGCGGGGCGGGGCUCCCGCACAGACAGGGCUGCCUGAGGUGGCAGGGGAGGAGGGGGCUUUACAUCAGCACCAGGGUGGCAUGUGCCCUCCCCAGGCCUGCUCACAGAGACCCCACAUGACACCAGAGCCACGGAAGCUUCCACCCUACACGGAAGGCCAAACCUGCACGGGACGUGAGCCUGUACACCUCAGCCAGCCUGAGCAGAGCCUCACCAGACGGCACGAGGCCAGGUCACCAGGUGGCCUAUGUGCUAACCUCACCCUUAGUGCAAGACCCACCCUCCACCCUCAGUGGUGUGUCUGCACUGGGUGAGACCCUCACUCUUAGGACAGAAACCACCUUCCCAUCCUCAGUGGUGUGUCUGCACUGGGUGAGACCCUCACUCUUAGGACAGAAACCACCUUCCCACCUUCAGUGGUCUGUCUACACUGGGUGAAACCCUCACCUGAGAGCAGGACUGAGCCUCCCACCUUGGUUUUGCCGUCUACACUGUGGUGUGACGACCUAGCUGGGUGGUGUCUGUGGUGGUUGGGGUUCUAAUUUACUUUUUUUUUUUUUUUUUACGGUACGCGGGCCUCUCACUGCUGUGGCCUCUCCCGUUGCGGAGCACAGGCUCCGGAUGCGCAGGCUCAGCGGCCAUGGCUCACGGGCCCAGCCGCUCCGCGGCAUGUGGGAUCCUCCUGGACCGGGGCACGAGUCCGCGUCCCCUGCAUCGGCAGGCGGACUCUCAACCACUAGACCACCAGGGAAGCCCCUAUUUUUUAUUUUUUUAUGACAUAAGCUCUGUUUUAUUUGGGGGAAUCAGGAAAGGCCUCUCUUUUGAGAGAAGGCUUUUGAUUAGGAGACUUUUGAGAAGAGGCUUGAUGGAAAUAAAAGUAGCAAAAUGAGGAUUAAAAUAAGUCAGUCUAUAGGAUUUUUCAGUUAGGAAGCCACUUCAGUUAGGAAACCACCUUCACAAUGAUGAGUGGAGUGCGGGGGAUGAAAUUUGAGUGCAAAGGGCUGAGAAUGAGUAAGAGGAGACAGCGUUAUUGUUUCCAGUUCACUGCAAAGAGCAGAGGAGAGACAGAGACGGGGGAGAAUAUGCAUAUCCGAAACAACACAGGAUCCCAUCGGCCUCUGCUUGCAAUUAGUAUCUGACUCUUAGCUCCCUUCCCGGGGCCACCUUUUCUGAUUCUGUUUUCUUUUAGCUUCAGGUAGUCUUUUCCCCCGCCUAGCUGUCCUCUUCGGCCCUGCACAAUUCCUUUAGGGAGCUGUCUCUAAGCCCCACGUCACAUACUCGGAGGCAAUUGCCUCCUUGAACUCUUGCGCCGAGGGGGCUUUUAUUUCUUCAGCGUUUGCACAAAGUUAUUUUUCAGUCGCUUCCUCCUUCUGUCUGUUCUCCCCUGUCCUGACUUCGGCCUUCAUUGUUCACUUUCCACUUUCAACCCUGCCUUGGCUUUUAGACUAGAUUUCAGCAUUGUCUUCUUACCCAUAAUCUUGUCUACCUGUUUUCCAAGAAUUAGGUCCUUCCUGUACACUGCUUUGGGCUGCCUAUCUCAAUCCAGCCCCAGGAGAUAUGGUGUUUCCUGAAGAUACAGCAGAGGAAACCACAGAUUAGGUUGUUAACCUACAGUUCUGGAUCACCUCCUUGGUAAGACCAUGGCCAUUUCAUGCCCAAAUUAAAGUCCUCCAUGGCUAGCCAACCUGGCACUAGAAGUAGAACAUUACUCUAGGGACUUCCCCGGUGGCACAGUGGUUAAGAAUCCGCCUGCCAAUGCAGGGGACACGGGUUCAAGCCCUGGUCUGGGAAGAUCUCACAUGCCGCAGAGCAACUAAGCCCGCGCGCCACAACUAUCGAGUCUGCGCUCCAGAGCCCGCGAGCCACAACUACUGAGCCCACGUGCUGCAACUACUAAAGCCUGCACACCUAGAGCCUGUGCUCCGCAACAAAGAGAAGCCACUGCAAUGAGAAGCCCGCACACCGCAACGAAGAGUAGCCCCCGCUCGCUGCAACUAGAGAAACCUGCACACAGCGACAAAGACCCAACGCAGCCAAAAAAACAAAACCAAGACCCAAACCAAACACCCCGCCCCCCUCCCCCCUCGCCAAAACAGAAAAUCAUUACUCUAAUAACUGGAAUCCCUGGGCUCAUUAACCAUUCACAGAGCCCAGGGCCGAACUGCUGGCUCUACAUUGAGAAGCCCAACCCCCAUGGCUCUGAGAGCACUCCGAGUUCUGAGGUCUGUUUUCCCAGAGGUUCAGUCCUGCCCCUCUCUAACUGAUAAUAUGCUAAGUGUGCGUAAAGCACUUCUGCUGAAUCGGGGGUUCUGACUGAAAGGGGGUUCUGAUGGCAGUUCCUGCGCUGGGCUCAGCAUGGACACUGGGUGGGCUCCCUCUGCCCCCACGUGUCAGGGGCCCCCGGCCUCUGGCUCUCUGGCUUUGCCCGGAAAUGGCUGCGUGGAG